GAUAAAGUUUUAAGUUCUCACAAUUUCAGUUUAAAAUGCAAAAAACAUGUCUACUGGGAUACCAUGUAAAAUUAUAAAUAACGAGACAAUAGAGAAGAUUUAUGUAACUGAGGAGAAAACACCAGUUGAAGGCCGUAAUAUUGAGUGCAACGCUUGUACUGAUCCAUAUGAUGAUCAUGAGCUUGAAUAUGAUGACCGAGAACUUGAAUAUGAAUAUGAACCUGGAAUUAGCUUAUCCGCACUCCACUUUAGCAGGGAGAAUAAUGGGAAGUGGCUCGGGCACUGCAAGGGGUGCAGAUGUAUAAGUUCCGCCCCUUCAGAGCAUUGUGGAGGCUGUGUCUGUCUCCAGGAGUCUGAUCUUCAGCUGGCUGCAGAACUAGGCAAAACUUUAUUGGAGAGAAACAGAGAGCUUGAGAAUUCCAUUAAACAUCAGCAAGCCAUAAUUGAUGACCAGGGCCAAGAAAUUGAGUACCUAACUAAGCAGACUACUGCUCUGAGAGAGGUGAAUGAAAGUAGGAUUAGGGUCUAUGAACAGAUGGAGAUAUCUCUACAAGAGGCUGAGAAUAUAAACUCAAAAUUACUUGAAGAAUCAUCCAGUGAUAAAUCCAGAAUUAAGAGUUUGUCUGGUUUAGUAGAACACUUGGAGCAAAAAUGCGAAGAACUGCAAUGUCUCAUACAAUUUAAUAAAAAACAGGUUGAGGUUCAAGAGCUUCAAAGAAGAAAACAAGGAAGAAAUGGUUCUGGAAUAGAUGGGACGAGAAGAUCGUCUGUGGUCCAGGAUGAUUGCAGAAGACCAGAGCACGAGGUCACUGCAGAGGACGGUUUGAGUAAACUAGAAAAUGAGGAUAUUAUUGAGGUUGAGUGGAGAAGACUAGAUAUUACAGACGCAGUUUCACCGGAGCUGGAGGAAAGGAAGUUGGAGCUAGAGGUGAUAGAAUUGAAUACAGAGGUUGAGCAACUCACUGCACUAAAAAAACAAGACGACUCUAGGAUAGUUGAGCUUGAAGAACAGAUCUUAAGCCUUGUGGUUGAGAAGAAAAGGCUGAUUUCGGAGGCUGGACCAGAAGGAAGAGGAAGAGGAGGAGAAGGGAGAAUAUUUAGUGAGGAGUAUUCAGUCCUGGCAAACACACACAACAGAAGGAAUCUUUCUAUCUGUCUCUGCUCCGAAUUACUACAGGCUGAUUGUGUGAAGCAAAUGAGUAAAUCCAACAUCAAGGAUCAACCUGAAGAUCAAGAAUGCCAUGUUAAUGUAAAAAUUUCUAAACAGCUUGGUUCAGCUGUCAGCUUUAAAGACAAUGAUAACCCAGUCAAUGAAAACAAAGAAGAGGUUCCAAUAGAAAAAAUUGAGAAUUCUUCAGGAGAUAAUCAUACAUCUUUCGAGGAAGAGACUGAUGAACCUUACAUUAAUGCAACUAAUGAUCAAGAUCAAGUAGUACAUGGUGUUUUGACAGCGGAAGAAAAGUCUGGAAUGCUGAUUGAAAGUGCUGAAACAGCUGUGAGUAAAUUGGAUAUAAAGGACACAAAUGGAAGCAAACCUAACUUCCGACUCGGGUUGGAAGAUGACCGAGAAACUAAAACCAGUUUGACCAGCUCGACACGUAAAGUGUGUGGCACAGAUUUAUUUACUGAGAAGGAGGAAGAAUGUUACCAUGUUGGGAGUAGUGGAGCAAUACUCAAAGCUACAAGUUUACAGGAUGAACUGAAAAUGAGCGGACAGUUUGAUUUAGAAUCUGAUACUUUAUCCUCUGGCUUUUCUGAUGGGUCGGAGAAUAAGUUCUGCUCCAAGGAGACUCAAACGGAACCAUCUCCGACUUCAGACUCUAGGACGGAGUCUACUCAGGACAUCAGAACAGAUCAGGACAUUAGACCUGACUCAGCCCAGGAUACUCUGAUGAAACAAACAGAUACUCUAAGUAUCAGGACAGAUUUUGGAGAAUGUCGGGAUUAUUGCAGUCUUGAGUAUAAUCCCGAGUAUAGGGCAAUUUUCAGAGAAAUGUUUCGUGUGCUUCAGGAAGCUAAAAACAACUCUCAAGUUGUUCUCAAACCAAAACCAAAACGAAGACGACCAGAAAAUCCUCCAAGAAAAUUUGUGGAUAAGUUACCGAGACAUGACGAAUAUCCGUCCCUUUCCGAGGAAAAGGUUUCGUCAAAAAUUGAAGUUUCCAACUCAUACGCACAAAUAUUAAGAAAAGGAAUAGAAAACUAAACUGUCUAAUGUACAUUUAAAGUGUGCCAAAUUUUAUGUCUUCCAAAAGAAGAAAGAUUAUGAAACAUUUUCUUUUAGCCAUUGCUUCACCUAGAGACGGAACGUUUUCACUUUUCUGAAUAACGAAAUGAUCGUUUCCCAGAAAAUAUAGAAAAUUAAACUACUGUUUUUUGAAAAGAAUAGUAUUUAAAAAUUUAAAAAACGGAGAAGUAGUUUUUAUUUUAAUUCGUCGUUUUGUUAAAGAAGGUGAUCGUUUUUUUGACGGUCGUCAACGACUAUACCUUUGUUAACGAUCGCUUAAAAUGUACAAAUAAUUAUCGAAUAGUUUUAAGGAAAAUAUCGAGAUGAAAAAAUCGGCUCCCCAAUGCACGUCUACUCCCCAUCAAACUUCACUUGCCAAACUUAUCUUAUUUAAAGGGAGUGUUCGCGAAAAAUGAAAGGGGGUAUAGGCUUAGUGCGAUAAAAAAGCGCUUUUGAUCGCUAAUAAACACUCCCUUUAACCUUUUUUUGGUUGGAAACCCCUUAUAUCGAUGGGCGGAUUUUGUAAUGUCAAUUUGGUAAUGUCAAUUUGGUAAUGUCAAUUUGGCAAUGCCAAUUUGGUAAUGACAAUUUGGUAAUGAC